CGUCAGAGGACCAGUGCUUAUAAAAGCUCCCAGAAACUUCAGAGACUGAAAGAAUGGAGCUGAAAUAAACAGUUUUAAACGGAGUACACGUGAACAACGUCGGCAGCUUUCCAAGAUAUUUGACAGGACAAGAUUUCUACAAACAAUUCACAAGAAACUUCACGAUCCUCCAGAUGUUACCGCUCUGGUUGGCCAAAAGCUCUCUCUUGUGAUUUGGACAAAGUGGUUGAUGAUUGAUGGCUGCCACAAAUAAUGGUGAAUUUUAAAUGCAUUGGCACCUGCGGUUCCUGUGUCGAUUUGAGACACUUGUAUUACAUGUUGUGUCUUAGUAUGGGCACUGCCAAACCCUUUCCCUCAUAAAACAAACAACUUGCACUUUUGCCUUGAUGCGGAAACCAUGGAACAGAAUUUCAGAACCCACUACAGAGGCUCCUCUAUGGGAUACGAGGAAACCUCCAUGUCAAGUCAUCAGGAGGGGGACCAGGUGGUCCCUUCUUUUAAGAGACUGUCGGUGUAUGAGCACAUUCCCCCGCACUCUUCCCAGAGAGCCACCAAGCCGCUACCUCCUCUCCCUGACCUGUCCGACCUGUCCUCCGAUGAAGCAGUGGACAGCGAGGUGGAGUUCUUCACCAGCACUGACGACAGACAGUGCCUGGUGCCGGAGCACCGCUCCAAGGCCCUGGCCUUUCGGUAUGGCGUGCCCUGCCGGCGCAGCUUCCGAGGCUGCGGUCAGACCAACUACGCCUUCUAUGAGGGCACCAAGACUUCCUGCACCCAGGGUCAAGAGAAACUGUACGCCCACAAGCAGCCAAGGGAGCAGCCACUGCCCAGAGACUGUGCCAGGCAGCCGGAUCGGCCACAGCGUCGGUUGCGCCGCACCCACUCCGGUCCUGCUGGCUCCUUUAAGACCGCCAGCCUGAGGUUGUUUGGCCACAACGGAGCAAGCCACAGCCAGCUGCAGGACAAGCCCGAAGUCCCCCCUCGUGUUCCCAUCCCGCCUCUUCCUGCCAAGAGCUCGGAGCUCCGUCACCGCUGGUCCGCGGUGGUCCCGUCGGCAGCUAUCAGCGAUGCUGAUGACGACAAACCACCCAAGAUCCCCCCACGGGAACCCAUUCCUCGGAGCUACCCCCGCGCCUCCAGCCCCAAGAGCCUUCCCAUCUAUGUCAACGGGGUGAUGCCGCCCACACAGAGCUUUGCCCCCAACCCCAAAUAUGUCAGCAAAGCCCAGCACAGGACCCUGCAUGAGGGCAUGAUCCCGUCCCACAACCCCUGCAUUCUACCAAUCAUGGAGGACGGCAAGAAGGCCAGCACCACACAUUACUUUCUCCUUCCACACCGGCCGACGUACUUGGAUCGCUAUGCCAGAUUUUUCAGGGAGGCGGCUGAAUGCGAGACGGCUGAAGGGGGAUGCAGCUGAGACUGGGGAUAUCUUCGAAAAACAGAACUCUUCCGUCCACUUGAUGUAUAUAUUAUUUUUUAAAUAACGACAAGCUCCCUAAACCUCUGUUUAUACAGGUUCUUCAACGUAUAGCUCAGCGCUGCCUCACACUACUUUAGGGUAUGGUAAAAUAACUGACAUCACUUUUGCUGGAAGUUUGCCCAGCCAAUUUCCCUUCCCUUUUUGAAGUAUCAUUGGCCAGUGUCACCUUCUUUUCAUAAUUAAACCUUUUGUUUUUACUGCAACAUCGUGACAUAAGUAUUACAUUUAUGAUUUACAUGUAUUCUUUUUAUUAUAUCAUUCUGUUUUAAGAUAAUGGCUUAUUGUAUACUGUGUGAAAAACUGGUAUGAGCUGGUCUUCUACCAAAACAUUCUCAUUGUUGUUCAACAACCUGCUACAUAAGAAGUAUUUGAGUAUGGUGCUUUGAAUGACUUUACGCAGUUGUUCAUGUUAGUGUGUAACUGAGCGGUAGAGAAUCUCAGUAUAUCAGAAUUGAAUGGCAAUCACAAUAGAAGGAGCCGUGCCGUGUAGAAGGAGUUGAUCUGUGUAUCAUACUUUAGAACUCAUCACUACUGAUCACAAAUUGGCACUCAAGAUGUACUGAGAGAUGCAAGGUGUUUUUGUCUUUGUCAGAGUUUUUGUUUUUGUGGUUCAUCGUUUUGCAUAUUUAUAAUGUUGAGAAAUUGCAAAUCUUUUGCAAGUCAUCCAUAUUGCAUAAUUGUGUUUGUGGAUGUCCUUGCCAUGUCCUCUGGGUUAAUGGUUGACUGGUACAAACAUGCUGUUUUGUAAAUGCUUAUGUGAAGAAUAAUGCACAUCUAAGUGCUCCUAACCGGGGGCCAACAGAACGAGUUUGCUCUGAUAGUCACUGCAUCACACACUAAACUAAUCAGGACUGCAGAAAACUGUCAUGCACAAAUGACCAUAUUUGCCUUCUUAAUGUGACUCAUGAAUCUUCAUGAUCCUUGAUAUGUCUCUAGCAGGUAUCUCGAUGCCCAGUUGAAGACUAUUUGUUGUAAAGUAUUUUUUCCACAUCUGGUCUGAUUUCGACAGUGGUCUACAAAUUAAAUAAUAUAUCCUAGUUUUGUCUUAGGUUUCAGUGGUUUACAGUAGUCCUAAUGUUUUGUGUGUUCAUGGUUUUCUCACAUCUUAAAUGAAGGAAUGUGUUUUGAAAUAUGUUGAGUGUUUGGUGUAUGUACGGUAUCCCUAAUUUGGGGAAACAUGCGAAACACUAUAUAUUCUUUAUCUAUUUAAGGCAAUAAAAUAACUUAUCCUCA